AUGCUACAAAUCAAUCUCGAUCAAACCCUCGUCACACAGGCGUCUGGAAAGGUCGUCCUAAUCACCGGCGCCGCCAAUGGCAUCGGCGCAGCAACAGCCUCGCUCUUCAACGCCCACGGCGCCAAAGUAGUGAUAUGCGACCUAGAAACAUGCCAGAACACCGCUAAAAACCUCAUAUCCACAUUCCAAAGCCCAGAAAAUGCCCUCUUCAUCGCAGCCGACAUCCUCAAUUGGGACCAGAUGACCGCGCUCUUUAAGCGCGCGGCGGUACAUUUCGGGCCCGUCGACAUCGUCAUCGCCAACGCAGGGACGAUGGAAACGCAGCCUGUCCUGGACCUAACAGAUGUAGACGAGGAGGGUAUUCUCAAGGAAUCGACAGAAGGAUUCAAGGUACUUGAUAUCAAUAUAAAGGGGACAAUGAACACCCUGAGACUCGCUCUCCACCACAUGAAAUCCAACCCCUCGGCAUCAGGAUCCAAAUCCAUUGUCCUAAUGGCCUCUACGUCCAGUUACUUCGGCGGCACCGGUGUAACCGCCUACGUGACCUCCAAGCACGGCGUCUUGGGUAUGCUACGCUCCUCGCAGGAUGUCGCCGCCCAACACGGGAUCCGGGUUAAUGCCGUUGCGCCUUUCUUCACGCCGACGCGCCUUACCGCGGGGUUCGCGCAGGAGUGGGAGGAGGCUGGGCUGGAGGCGAAUACGCCCCAGCGUGUGGCGGAGACGAUUGCCUAUGUUGCGAUGGAUGGGGGGAGGACGGGGUCGUGUGUUCUUGUGGCGGGGAAGUAUUUAAGGGAAAUGGAAGAGACGAUUACGGGGUUGAUUCCGAGGUGGGUCGGGGAGGAUGUGGAGGAGUUUAUGGGGAGGGCGAUGCGGUUUUUUGUUGAUAUUGGGGGGUAUGUGUUGCCGAAAAUUCUUUAG